AUGACAUCACAGGUUCCGGCGCUCACAACAACCUUUACGCCUGCCAAGACAUGUUCGCAGUAUUACAAGUAUAGGUAUACGGGCGAUAAGGUCCAAUGUCUUGACAACAGCGGUGAGCCCAGCGCGUGCACGUACAUGCAGCUGGGACCUUCGCAGAGCGAGGCGGACUGCUUCCCUAGCAGCUUAGAACUGGAUUCAACCUUUUAUUACUCCCCCGGUAUAUGUCCUAGCGGAUUCGAGAUUGCGUGUAGUUCGACGUCAGGUGGCGAGACUAGAGCGACAUGCUGUCCAAGCUCAUUCUCUUGCCAAACAGAGACAGGCUGGCCUUGGUACACAACUGAUCUCUGCACCAUCGUGAUCCCAGAUACAGUCGACGUAAUCUUUUCCGUGUCGACCGUCGGAGGAGACUGGGAAAAGUCAACUGCCAAAGGAGCUGCAGCCAACGCCAUUGGCAUUCCAAUCCGAUGGCAUUCCUCCGAUUUUGCAUCCACCACGUCCGAUAGCUCAGCUGCUGAGGCCUCUGCAACUUCUGGAACUUCUGAAGCCGGCACUGCGGAAACCGGUAGCGCGACUGAAACGUCUUCUCCGUCAGGUGGUGGGGGAUUGAGCACUGGAGCCAAGGCGGGCAUUGGAGUCGGCGUUGGAGUUGCGGCUUUGGCUGGACUUGGUGCCUUGUUAUGGUUUGUGCUUCGAGCGAGGAGGGCCAAGCAGGCCAAUGCUGCAGCUGGAGGAGAAGGGUUUAAGGGGCCUCAGCAGCAACAGCAAGCAUGGGAGCUCGAUAGCUACCAGCCUAUACCACCAGCAGAGCUACCAUCCGAAAGUGCGGGCCAUGGGGGAAAUCGGUCUUAA